CGGAAGUGAGCGGGGCAGCCGUAAGCCAAUCAGAUGUCAGGAUAAGGCUCCGACAACAAACAAAAGAUCGGGGCUGUUUGAGCUCGUUGAGACUUUUCUCAUCGCUUGGCUUUAAACGCGGGCUGACACUUUGAUCCGACCGCCAUCGCACCUUUCUUUCACCUGCUUGUCAUCCGAUGUGGCAGCGUGUCUUCUUCCAGUGACUGUCGUCUUUGUCCGCUAAUGUCAACCUGAGUAGUUUUCAACGAUCGCUUUGCCUUUGGUGGCCGAGCUAACGUUAGCCAGGCUAGCUGCUAGGCUAACCAGCUCUGGCUGCUUCUCUGCGGCCAGCGGAGCCAGUUAGCAUAGCCUGCUAGCUAGCUAGCUUUGCUGCCUAAACUUGACGGACGCAAGAAGCUGUGGCUUGCUGCUGACAAGCCACUUUAGCAAACGUCCGGUUGUAGCCAUGUCGGGACAGUCGUCAGGCUGCGGCUUCCUCAUGUCGGUGGUUGUCCACGGAGACUCUGCUCUCAACGAACAGGAAAAGGAGCUCAACCGGCGGCUCCGACGACUCUACCCAGCCGUCAAUGAAAACGAGACACCGCUGCCUCGCUCCUGGAGCCCCAAGGACAAGUUCAGCUACAUCGGGCUGUCACAGAACAACCUUCGUGUGCACUAUAAAGGUCACGGCAAGACACCGAAAGAUGCGGCAUCCGUCCGGGCCACUCACCCCAUUCCGGCGGCGUGCGGCGUUUACUACUUUGAGGUGAAGAUCAUCAGCAAAGGCCGAGACGGGUACAUGGGCAUCGGCCUCUCCGCUCAGGGCGUCAACAUGAACAGACUGCCUGGUUGGGACAAGCACUCGUACGGUUACCAUGGAGACGAUGGCCACUCCUUCUGCUCCUCUGGCACCGGUCAGCCAUACGGGCCCACGUUUACGACGGGUGAUGUGAUCGGCUGCUGCGUCAAUCUGAUCAACAACACUUGCUUCUACACAAAGAAUGGGCACAGCCUCGGGAUCGCCUUCACAGACCUGCCGCCCAACUUGUACCCCACUGUGGGCCUGCAGACUCCAGGGGAGGUGGUCGACGCCAACUUUGGCCAGCACCCAUUUGUCUUUGACAUUGAGGACUACAUGCGCGAGUGGAGGACAAAGAUCCAAGCGCAGAUUGAUCGCUUCCCCAUCGGAGAGCGUGAGGGCGAGUGGCAGUCCAUGAUCCAAAAGAUGGUGGCAUCCUACCUGGUUCACCAUAGUUACUGUGCCACCGCUGAAGCCUUUGCCAAGACCACCGACCAGGCCGUGCACGAGGAGCUAGCCUCCAUCAAGAACCGACAGAAGAUCCAGAAGCUGGUGCUGUCAGGUCGGAUGGGCGAGGCUAUCGAGACCACCCAGCAGCUCUAUCCAAAUCUCCUGGAGAGGAACCCAGACCUGCUUUUCAUGCUCAAGGUUAGACAGUUCAUUGAGAUGGUCAACGGGACAGACAGUGAGGUGCGGUGUCUGGGAGGCCGCAGCCCCAAAUCUCAGGACAGUUACCCUGGCUCACCCCGUCACUUCAGCAGCCCCACCCACAAAGCUGGCAGCUCACAGUCCUACCUGACAGGCUUUGACAGUAACUGCUGUAAUGGAGUGACAUCCAAUAAGAGCCACAGCUCCUCCCCUAACAGCCACAAGCCUGGCCCCCCAGGCUCAGGCUCCACCCCCCCAGCAUCUGACAUCAGCCUGAACGGAAGCUGCAGCCAGCCGCCUCUGACCAGCAACGACGUAGACAUGGAGGUGGAUCACUUCACCAACGGUGUCACGGAGUCCUCCUCCAACGGCUUCCUGAAUGGCAGCUCCAAACAUGUGGCUGAGCCUGACGAAUGCGACGCCGACAUGGAGGUGGAGUCUGCUCAGUUCAAGCGGCAGCUCUGCGGCGGCAGUCAGGCAGCCAUCGAAAGGAUGAUCCACUUUGGCAGAGAGCUGCAGAGCAUGAGCGAACAUCUCCGCCGCGAGUGCGGGAAGAACUCUGCCAACAAGAAGAUGCUCAAGGAUGCCUUCAGCCUGUUGGCCUACUCGGACCCCUGGAACAGCCCGGUGGGCUACCAGCUGGAUGCCAUCCAGAGAGAACCUGUGUGCUCCACCCUCAACAGUGCAAUAUUAGAGACACACAACCUGCCGAAGCAGCCCCCCCUGGCUCAGGCCGUGGGUCAGGCUGCCCAGUGCCUCGCCAUCAUGGCACGAACAGGCAGCGGCUCCUGCGCCUUCGCCGCCGUGGACGAUUAUCUGCACUAGCCCCACAUUUGAGCACACGCACGCGCACACACACACAGUCCAGAAAUGUGCUCUUCCCAGCCCCCGCCUACUUUAUUUAGCAGUAGAGCUGUACUGUAGAAACCAUCUUGCUGACGUUGUGUUCAGCCAUUAGUGGGUUAAAAGGAUCAGGGGUUUCUGGACACACACACACACACACAAAAAGAA